GAAGGGUCCUCGGCGGAAGGAGCGGGGCACAGGAAGACGGAGCUCCCGGCCGGUGGCAAAAUAGAAGUGUUUUAUUUUUUAAAGCAGUACAGAGGAAAAUUAUUGCAAACCUCUAAUUUGGUGUGUUAAACCAUUGGGUGUCGCCAUGAUUCUUUUGGAGAUCAAUAACCGGAUUAUAGAGGAGACAUUGACUCUGAAAUUUGAGAGCGCUUCAAAUGGAAAUAAACCUGAGGCAGUGGAAGUUACAUUUGCAGAUUUCGAUGGCGUCCUCUAUCACAUCUCCAACCCCAAUGGUGACAAGACCAAGGUGAUGGUCAGCAUCUCGCUCAAGUUCUUCAAAGAGCUGCAGGAGCAUGGUGCAGACGAGCUGCUGAAGCGGGUAUAUGGCAACUAUCUGGUGUCACCUGAGUCAGGUUAUAAUGUGUCACUACUAUAUGACCUGGACUCAGUGCCAGCCAACAAGAAGGAAGUCAUCCACCAGGCAGGCAUGCUGAAGAGGAACUGCUUUGCCUCCGUCUUCGAGAAGUACUUCAAGUUCCAGGAGGAGGGCCGCGAGGGCGAGAAGAGGGCGGUGGUCCACUACAGAGAUGACGAGACCAUGUAUGUGGAGGCAAAGAAGGACAGAGUGACAGUGGUCUUCAGCACCGUGUUCAAGGAUGAUGAUGAUGUUGUUAUCGGGAAGGUGUUCAUGCAGGAAUUUAAGGAGGGCCGUCGCGCCAGCCACACUGCCCCCCAGGUGUUGUUCAACCACAGGGAGCCCCCGCUGGAACUGAAGGACACGGACGCUGCCAUAGGGGACAACAUCGGCUAUAUCACCUUCGUGCUGUUUCCUCGUCACACCGGCGCAAAUACCAGGGACAACACCAUCAACCUCAUCCACACCUUCCGGGACUACCUGCACUAUCACAUAAAGUGCUCCAAGGCCUACAUCCACACACGCAUGAGGUCCAAAACCUCCGACUUCCUCAAGGUGCUGAACCGAGCACGGCCAGAUGCUGAGAAGAAGGAGAUGAAGACCAUCUCGGGCAAGACUUUCUCUCGUUGAGGAGCCCAGAGGGCCGAACUGAGACCGGCAUCAGCACGACCGUCCUCUGCCCCUGACGCCGGCCACACACGAAGACAAAUCCCACCCCGGCCAGUGCAGUCUGUCUCACCACUGAAAUUCAAAGGAGAUAUGCAGAUGGGGAAAUCCAUGCAUUCCUUGAUUUGCAUUGUUGAAAGACCAACUCUCUGUCUCACGCACAGGUUACAGUUUUGAUACGAUAUGAUCUUUUAUUUCUUUGGAUGUUUCUUACUCCUGCCUUGUUGCCUCCUCUUUGACUUGGAGUGUUUGAGUAACGAAUGCUACUCAUGUUUACGGUUCCCUCCUCACUAGACUGUUUCUUGUCAGGUUUUCAAUCAGUGAUUGUAAAGAAUAAACCAGUCUUAUUAAAAAAA